CUCAUUUUCACGCACAAAGGUUGAAAGCAAUGCAGAAGACAGUGUGUGUAACAGGGGCUUCCGGCUUCAUAGCAUCAUGGCUUGUCAAGUUCUUGCUCCACCGUGGUUACAUUGUCAAGGCAUCUGUCCGUGACCUCAAUGAUGCAAAGAAAGUGGCACACCUGCUUGCACUUGAUGGAGCGUCAGAGAGACUUCAGUUGUUCAAAGCAAACCUACUGGAAGAAGGUUCCUUUGAUGCUGCAAUUGAUGGGUGUGAUGGUGUUUUCCAUAUAGCAUCUCCUUUCCAUGACCCACGCAACGAUCCUCAGGCUGAAUUGAUUGAUAAAGGGACUCUGAAUGUACUUAAAUCAUGUGCAAAAUCACCAUCUGUUAAAAGAGUGAUUUUGACCUCCUCUUUUGCUUCAGUUGGCUUCAAUGGAAAGCCUCUUACUCCUGACGUGGUGGUUGAUGAGACUUGGUGGACUCUUCCAGAUUUCUGCAAAGAAACCAAGUCAUGGUACAUUCUUGCGAAGACAUUGGCUGAGGAUGAAGCCUGGAAGUUUGUAAAAGAGAAUGACAUAGACAUGGUUGCAAUAAACCCAGCCAUGGUGAUCGGACCUCUGUUACAGCCAACACUUAACACCAGUGGUGCUGUAAUAUUGAACCUAAUAAAUGGUAUGGAUUUUUACAUAAAGAGAAAGCAAACCAAAUCUCUGGAACUUGCUCUUUUGGUUGGAUCUGCUUAUUUAUCGGCUUUAGUUUUCAGAAGGUGGAUGACAUGGUCAUUUCACAUUUGGAGUUUGGCCAGAGUCUCGUCUGUUUGCAAGUGCGGCAGCAGGUGCAAAACAUUUCCAAAUUCAACAUUUCCCUGGGUUGAUGUGAAAGAUGUUGCUAAUGCACAUAUACUAGCUUUUGAAAAUCCAUUGGCUAGUGGAAGAUACUGCCUGGUUGAACAAGUGGCACACUACUCCAAAGUUAUGAAGAUCUUGCAUGAACUUUAUCCUUCCUUAAAGCUUCCAGUAAAGUGUGCCGAUGACAAGCCAUUUGUGCCAGAGUAUCAGGCCUCCAAGGAAAAGGCAAAGAGCUUAGGAAUUGAAUUCACUCCCUUUGAACAAAGCAUCAAGGAAACAGUUGAAAGCUUGAAGGAGAAGAUAUUUUUGGACGCUUCAGUUGCACUGUGAAUGUACCAAAGUUGUUGAGGAACACUGCAAAUUGAUGUCAUUGCCUCCUGAAAAUAUGUUGCAGAUUCUUUUAUGUGCCAUUGCUAUCUGAUUGGACUUGUAUGCAUAUGCAAGGAUUUAGAAGAAUCUGUGCAUGCAAUAAUGGAGAGUACUCUACUUUUUGGUAUCUUAAAAAUUUUAACUGAAGUUAACAAUUGGUACUAUAUUUGCUGCUGCCAAUUAAAGCUGAAGCAUGUUUAUAAGUUUGCUUGCGUGCUACAGCUGCAGUUUGACAGGAUUUAUCAAAUAAAGGAGCAGCAUUAAUUGUACUAUUUGGAGU